AUUCAGCAUCAACUUGGUAACAAGUUGUCACGGAGCGGCCUAUUAGUACUUCAUGUAGCGGUGGCUAUCGUAAUAGAAUAAUUCAAAAUAUAGUUAAAUCAUUCACGAUGCCUCCGAAGAAACCAGCUCAAGCUGCCGCCGGUAGUAAAAAAACGCAAGAAAAGAAGAAGGAAAAGAUAAUUGAGGUGAAAGCACUUUUGCGCACGAUAGCCAAAUGAUAUUGAAUAAUGCUAAGCUAGUUUGUGAGCUACAACAUGUACCGGUAGCUAGCUACAGUAACGUUCAAAGGUUAUUUUGUGAAGCUAGCUAGUAAGUUAGACAGAACGUUAGGCGUUAGAUGCUAGCUAGUUUUAUCACGUAUUAUUGAACGCAGAACAUUUUCCAAACGUUAUAUUUGCUAGGUACCAAGCUAACAAACGUUAGCGUUCUUAUGCUAACCCCUUUUUAAGAACGUGGUAGCUACUUGGUAGCUAACUUGUGCUUGCAUGAUGUAGCUAGUUAGCUGCAGACAGUAGCCAACAAAGGUUAACAUUUUAUUUAGUCGAAUUAAUGUUAGCUAGGUAGCUAAGUUGUCUGAUCGUCUGUCCACGGCUAGAAUUAACUGCUUAGUUAGUAGUUGUAACACAGAUGAAAGGUUGACUAGUUAGUUAUCAUAGCUUAUCGAAACCUUGUUAUUUUGUCGUUCAGAGGUUCAUUCUAGGUAGCCUGCCAAGUAUGUCCUUGUUAAAUUGCUGAUAUUCAAUUUGUUUAUCUUUUAUGUAGGACAAGACAUUUGGUUUGAAGAACAAAAAGGGAGGAAAACAACAGAAAUUUAUCAAGAAUGUCUCUCAGCAAGUCAAGCAAGUUCCUGGUAGUAAGGUAAGAUUUACCAGUUAGGCCUACAGACUUGUUGUUUCUCAAUUAAUUUUCCUAAUGACCACUGGCUUGACAUUUAUACAGAGAUGUUUGCCAUUAGAGCAUCAUCAACCUAUAGCCAUAAAAACCCGACUUUUGUUCAUGUCUUCUCUCUGGUCAGAAUGUACCCCAUUCAUAGACUAAUUGCUAUCUUCUGACCGGGGGAGUUUUGUUUAUUAGUUGGGAUUUGGUUCAAUCGUAAUAAUUGGAACUGCAAACAGUAAUUUUAGGAAAAAAUAUUAAUGUAGCCUUCUGGUUUAUGUGGCUUCAAAACUUAUUUAGUAGAUACUUCCAGUUGAUUUUUGGCAUCCAAUGUUGGGACAUUGCAACUCUAGAUGCUAGUCAAAUCAUAUUUUAUUUGCCACAUGCGUCGAAUACAAAAGGUGUAGACCUUACAGUGAAACGCUUACAAGCCCUUAACCAACAAUGCAGGGGAAAAAAGUGUGUAUUAAAAAAUUAUUAAAGAGCAGCAGUAAAAUAAAUAAACAGUAGGGAGGCUAUAUACAGGGGGUACCGGUACAGGGUCAAUGUGCGGGGGCACCGGUUAGUCAAGGUAAUAAACUCAGCAAAAAAAGAAACGUCAAUUUUCCAGGACCCUGUCUUUCAAAGAUAAUUUGUAAAAAUCCAAACAACUUCACAGAUCUUCAUUGUAAAGGGUUUAAACACUGUUUCCCAUGCUUGUUUUAAUGAACCAUGAACAAUUAAUGAACAUGCACCUGUGGAACUGUCGUCAAUACACUAACAGUUUACAGACGGUAGGCAAUUAAGGUCACAGUUAUUAAAACUUAGGACACUAAAGAGGCCUUUCUACUGACUCUAAAAAACACCAAUCAUCUGUGUGAACGUGCCUUAGCCAUGCUGCAAGGAGGCAUGAGGACUGCAGAUGUGGCCAGGGCAAUAAAUUGCAAUGUCUGUACUGUGAGACGCCUAAGACAGCACUACAGGGAGACAGGACGGGCAGCUGAUCGUCCUCGCAGUGGAGACCACGUGUAAAAACACCUGCAUAGGAUCGGUACAUCCGAACAUGACAUUUACAUUACAUUUUUACAUUUACGUCAUUUAGCAGACGCUCUUAUCCAGAGCGACUUACAGGAGCAAUUAGGGUUAAGUGCCUUGCUUAAGGGCACAUCGACAGAUUUUUCACCUAGUCGGCUCGGGGAUUAGAACCAGCGACCUUUCGGUUACUGGCACAACGCUCUUACCCACUAAGCUACCUGAGCUACCUACCUAAGCUACCUGCCGCCCAUGACACCUGCGGGACAGGUACAGGAUGGCAACAACAACCGCCCGAGUUACACCAGGAACGCACAAUCCCUCCAUCAGUGCUCAGACUGUCAACAAUACAUUGACAUUUACAUUUCUGUAAUUUAGCAGACGCUCUUAUCCAGAGCGACUUACAAAUUGGUGCAUUCACCUUAUGAUAGCCAGUGGGACAACCACUUUACUAUAUAUAUAUAUAUAUAUAUACACACACACACACACAGUGGGGAGAACAAGUAUUUGAUACACUGCCGAUUUUGCAGGUUUUCCUACUUACAAAGCAUGUAGAGGUCUGUCAUUUUUUAUCAUAGGUACACUUCAACUGUGAGAGACGGAAUCUAAACAAAAAUCCAGAAAAUCACAUUAUGAUUUUUAAGUAAUUAAUUUGCAUUUUAUUGCAUGACAUAAGUAUUUGAUCACCUACCAACCAGUAAGAAUUCCGGCUCUCACAGACCUGUUAGUUUUUCUUUAAGAAGCCCUCCUGUUCUCCACUCAUUACCUGUAUUAACUGCAUCUGUUUGAACUCGUUACCUGUAUAAAAGACACCUGUCCACACACUCAAACAGACUCCAACCUCUCCACAAUGGCCAAGACCAGAGAGCUGUGUAACGACAUCAGGGAUAAAAUUGUAGACCUGCACAAGGCUGGGAUGGGCUACAGGACAAUAGGCAAACAGCUUGGUGAGAAGGCAACAACUGUUGGCGCAAUUAUUAGAAAAUGGAAGAAGUUCAAGAUGACGGUCAAUCACCCUCGGUCUGGGGCUCCAUGCAAGAUCUCACCUCGUGGGGCAUCAAUUAUCAUGAGGAAGGUGAGGGAUCAGCCCAGAACUACACGGCAGGACCUGGUCAAUGACCUGAAGAGAGCUGGGACCACAGUCUCAAAGAAAACUAUUAGUAACACACUACGCCGUCAUGGAUUAAAAUCCUGCAGCGCACGCAAGGUCCCCCUGCUCAAGCCAGCGCAUGUCCAGGCCUGUCUGAAGUUUGCCAAUGACCAUCUGGAUGAUCCAGAGGAGGAAUGAGAGAAGGUCAUGUGGUCUGAUGAGACAGAAAUAGAGCUUUUUGGUCUAAAGAGGAAGAAUGAUGAGUACAACCCCAAGAACACCAUCCCAACCGUGAAGCAUGGAGGUGGAAACAUCAUUCUUUGGGGAUGAUUUUCUGCAAAGGGGACAGGACGACUGGACCGUAUUGAGGGGAGGAUGGAUGGGGCCAUGUAUCGCGAGAUCUUGGCCAACAACCUCCUUCCCUCAGUAAGAGCAUUGAAGAUGGGUCGUGGCUGGGUCUUCCAGCAUGACAACGACCCGAAACACACAGCCAGGGCAACUAAGGAGUGGCUCCGUAAGAAGCAUCUCAAGGUCCUGGAGUGGCCUAGCCAGUCUCCAGACCUGAACACAAUCGAAAAUCUUUGGAGGGAGCAGAAAGUCCGUAUUGCCCAGCGACAGCCCCGAAACCUGAAGGAUCUGGAGAAGGUCUGUAUGGAGGAGUGGCCCAAAAUCCCUGCUGCAGUGUGUGCAAACCUGGUCAAGACCUACAGGAAACGUAUGAUCUCUGAAAUUGCAAACAAAGGUUUCUGUACCAAAUAUUAAGUUCUGCUUUUCUGAUGUAUCAAAUACUUAUGUCAUGCAAUAAAAUGCAAAUUAAUUACUUAAAUCAUACAAUGUGAUUUUCUGGAUUUUUGUUUUACAUUCCGUCUCUCACAGUUGAAGUGUACCUAUGAUAAAAAUUACAGACCUCUACAUGCUUUGUAAGUAGGAAAACCUGCAAAAUCGUCAGUGUAUCAAAUACUUGUUCUCCCCACUGUGUGUGUGUGUAUAUAUAUAUAUAUAUAUAUAUAUAAUGACUGAGAGAGGUUGGACUGAGGGCUUUUAGGCCUGUUGUAAGGCAGGUCCUCACCAGACAUCACCGGCAACAACGUAUGUCUCUUUACCAGACAGGACUGGCAAAAAGUGCUCUUCUCUGACGAGUCGCGGUUUUGUCUCACCAGGGGUGAUGGUCGGAUUGGCGUUUAUCAUCAAAGGAAUGAGCAUUACACAGAGGCCUGUACUCUGGACGGCAUUGAUUUGGAGGUGGAGGGUCCGUCAUGGUCUGGAGCGGUGUGUCAAAGCAUCAUCAGACUGAGCUUGUUGUCAUUGCAGGCAAUCUCAACGUUGUGCGUUACAGGGAAGACAUCCUCCUCCCUCAUGUGGUACCCUUCCUGCAGGCUCAUCCUGACAUGACCCUCCAGCAUGACAAUGCCACCAGCCAUACUGCUCGUUCUGUGCAUGAUUUCCUGCAAUACAGGAAUGUCAGUGUUCUGCCAUGGCCAGCGAAGAGCCCUGAACUUAAUCCCAUUGAGCAUGUCUGGGACCUGUUGGAUCGGAGGGUGAGGGCUAGGGCCAUUCCCCCCCAGAAAUGUCUGGGAACUUGCAGGUGCCUUGGUGGAAGAGUGGGGUAACAUCUCACAGCAAGAACUGGCAAAUCUGGUGCAGUCCGUGAGGAGGAGAUGCACUGCAGUACUUAAUGCAGCUGGUGGCCACACCAGAUACUGACUGUUACUAUUUACACAUGUUACGUUUGCUGAAAAUAAACGCAGUUGACAGUGAGGACGUUUCUUUUUUUGCUGAGUUUAUGUACAAUUUACAUUUUAGUCAUUUAGCAGAUGCUCUUAUCCAGAGCGACUUACAGUUAUUGAGUGCAUACGUUUUCAUACUGGUCCCCCGUGGGAAUCGAACCCACAACCCUGGCGUUGCAAACGCCAUGCUCUACCAACUGAGAUACACGGGACAUAUGGGUAGAGUUAAAGUGACUAUGCAUAGAUAAUAAACAGAGUAAAACGGGGUGAGGUGGGGGGACAAUGCAGAUAGUCCGGGUUAUCCAUGAUUAGCUGUUCAGGAGUCUUAUGGCUUGGGGGUAAAAGGUGUUAAGAAGCCUUUUGGACCUAGACUUGGCGUUCCGGUACCGCUUGCCGUGCGGUAGCAGAGAGAACAGUCCAUGACUAGGGUGACUGGAGUCUUUGACAAUUUUUAGGGCCUUCCUCUGACACCGCCUGGUAUAGAGGUCCUGGAUGGCAGGAAGCUUGGCCCAAGUGAUGUACUGGGCCGUACGCACUACCCUCUGUAGUGCCUUGCGGUCAGAGGCCGAGCAGUUGCCAUACCAGGCGGUAAGCAACCAGUCAGGAUGCUCUCGAUGGUGCAGCUGUAUAACUUUUUGAGGAUGUGAGGACCCAUUCCAAAUCUUUUCAGUCUCCUGAGGGGGAAUAGGCUUUGUUGUGCCCUCAUCACGACUGUCUUGGUGUGUUUGGACCAUGAAAGUUUGAUGUGGACACCACGGACAUUGAAGCUCUCAACCUGUUCCACUACAGCACCGUCGAUAAGAAUGGGGUCGUGCUCAGCCUGCAAAGUAAAUACUUCUAAGACAGCUAAGAUAAAUGACUAAACUAGAAAAGGUUAAUUUCCUGAAUUUGUGGGCUUGCUUCAGCUGAAUCAAAAUGUGUAACCUACCAUAGCCAUUUGAUCUUUUUUAAUAGAAUGAGAUCAUUAUUUCAAAAGGCAUAAAAUGUAUGCACACGAUGCAUGCAUACUAACUGAGCUCAUGCAGGUGUUUACAUGGUUUUGCGCAUGUGCCAGAUGAUCGGAAUUUCAACAGCAGGACAAGCAUUUUAAAAUGUUGGUUUGAUAAUACUUUCCUGUGGAUAUUUUGUCAAUUUCCACUGGCAUAGGACCAACCAAGUGGACAAUUGGCAGAGUAAGUCCAAAUGACAGUUAAUUCAACAAACUGGCUACUCAAGGCAAAACAAGGCACCUUCUGGAAAAUUUAAAUGGAUAUAAAGCCAACCUAAUCUCAGCAAGCUAUAGCUUUCUAUUAGGUCAGGAGGCCGGCAAACCUGAUUCCUGUUGUGGACUUAUGACUAACUUGAUCAUGUUUUCCUAGGUUGGUGCGGAAGGGGACAAGAACAAAAAGGGUGACAAGAAGAAAGAGUUAGAUGAGCUGAACGAGCUUUUCAAGCCAGUGGUGGCUGCUCAGAAAGUCGCUAAAGGUGAGGAUGGAAAUGUCUUCAGCUUGUCGUCUAUAUUCCGCUGCAAAGUUUCCUCUGGUACAUAGAUUAUAUUAAACAGAGCAUUUUUCAGACAAAAGGACAUUUUGCAACCUUACCCUAUCGAAUGCUUAACAAACUCAUAUCGUGAGGCUUAAUCACUGAUUAGGCCGUUGUGGUCUACCCGCUACUAGUGUUUGUCAAGAAUUAGAACAUGGUAAAGGUGCAAAAAGGUAUUACGAUAUAAACUGAGCAUUUUCAGACAAUCUUUGUGCACCAGGCAAGCUACAGUGUUUAUCCUCAAUCUAUAAAAGCCAUCAGGUGUGCGUGGAGUUGCAUAAUAAUGAUAUGCCAUUUAGCAGACGCUUUUAUCCAAAGCGACUUACAGUCAUGCGUGCAUACAUUUUUUGUGUAUGGGUGGUCCCGGGGAUCGAACCCACUACCUUGGCGUUACAAGCGCCGUGCGGUUAUGUGUCGGAGAUACUAUAAGAGAUGUUCAAUGUUUUUCUAUUUGGAAUUUUAACAUUAUUCAUUCCAUUAGUAGAUAGUUUUAUCUGGAGGGUUAUAUCAUAGGUUUCAAUUGACACAAUUUGCAAUGUGAGUUCUAAGGUUAUUGCAAUGCAUGAGUGCUCUGUAAAAGAGCUGUCUCAAAUUACAAGAUUUACACUAAAAUGUAAAAGUAUUUGUAACAUCUUUAACAAAUGUUUGCUGUUAUGUUCAUAAAGUGCUUACAGAUUAUAUUGCAUGUUUCAAUGAAUGAGUUUGUAAAGACUUAUGUUUUUGAUGUACAUAAUUUAAGUAAUUACCCAAUAGUGUUACCCUGUGUUGGGUUACAAUAACAAAAGAGAAGGAUAUUUUCGGAAUGUGUAAUUAUUCUGUUCAUUCCACCUAUCUAUGGCAACAGUGGCAGGAAAGAGGUAAUGAGCGCGAGAAGAAACAUUCAGUACUUAUUACAUUUUCCUCUUAAUUCUGCAGGGGUGGACCCAAAGUCAGUUCUCUGUGCCUUCUUCAAGCAAGGCCAAUGUACCAAGGGAGACAAGUGCAAGUUCUCCCACGAUUUGACACUCGAGAGGAAGUGUGAGAAACGGAGCCUCUAUGUUGACAAGAGAGAUGAUGAGCUUGAGAAAGGUUAGUGUCUUCUAAUCAUUAGUGUUGUCAGCAGUGAAGAAACAACUGAUGUUUUGUAGAGCUCACUAUUUAUCCUGUUUUGUAUAGAUACCAUGGAUAAUUGGGAUGAGAAGAAGCUGGAGGAGGUAGUGAACCAGAAGCACGGAGAAGCUGAAAAGAAGAAAGCUCAAAGCUCAAAAACUCAAAUUGUAUGUUUUGGCACAUCCAUCUAAGAGCUAAGAUUCAUCAGUACUGCAUUCUGAAAGUCUUCAGACCCCUUCCCCUUUUCCACAUUUUGUGUUACAGCCUUAUUCUAAAAUGGAUUAAAUAAAUAAAAAUCCUCAUCAAUACCCCAUAAUGACAAAGCGGGAAAAAAAAGUAUUCAGACCCAUUGCUAGGAGACUCGAAAUUGAGCUCAGGUGCAUCCUGUUUCCAUUGAUCAUCCUUGAGAUGUUUCUACAACUUGAUUGGAGUCCACCUGUGGUAAAUUCAAUUGAUUGUACAUGAUUUGGAAAGGCACACACCGGUCUAUAUAAGGUCCCACAGUUGACAGUGCAUGUCAGAGAAAACACAGCCAUGAGGUCGAAGGAAUUGUCUGUGGAGCGCCAAGACAGGAUUGUGUUAAGGCACAGAUCUGGGGAAGGGUACCAAAACAUUUCUGCAGCAUUGAAUGUUCCCAAGAACACAGUGGCCUCCAUCGUUCUUAAAUGGAAGUAAGUUUGGAACCACCAAGACUCUUCCUAGAGCUGGCCGCCCGCCAAACUGAGCAAUCGGGUGAGUAGGGACUUGGUUAGGGGAGGUGACCAAGAACCCGAUGGUCACUCUGACAGAGCUCUAGAGUUCCUCUGUGGAGAUGGGAGAACCUUCCAGAAGGACAACCAUCUCUGCAGCACUCCACCAAUCAGGCCUUUAUGGUAGAGUGGCCAGACGGAGGCCACUCCUCAGUAAAAGGCACAUGACAGCCCGCUUGGAGUUUGCCAAAAGGCACCUUAAGACUCUCAGAUCAUGAGAAACAAGAUUAUCUGGUCUGAUGAAACCUAGAUUGAACUCUUUGGCCUGAAUGCCAAGUAUCACGUCUGGAGGAAACCUGGCACCAUCCCUACGGUGAAGCAUGGUGUGAGCAUCGUGCUGUGGGGGUGUUUUUCAGCGGCAUGGACUGGGAGACUAGUCAGGAUCGAGGGAAAGAUGAAUGGAGCAAAGUACAGAGAGAUCCUUGAUGAAAACCUGCUCCAGAGUGCUCAGGACCUCAGACUGGGGCAAAGGUUCACCUUCCAACAGGACAACGACGCUAAGCACACAGCCAAGACAACGCAGGAGUGGCUUCGGGACAGGUCUCAGAAUAUCCUUGAGUGGCCCAGCCAGAAGCCGGACUUGAACCCGAUCGAACAUCUCUGGAGAGACGUGAAAAUAGCUGUGCAGCAACGCUCCCCAUCCAACCUGACAGAGCUUGAGAGGAUCUGCAGAGAAUAAUGGGAGAAACUCCCCAAAUACAGGUGUGCCAAGCUUGUAGCGUCAUCCUCGAGGCUGCAAUUGCUGCCAAAGAUGCUUCAACAAAGUACUGAGUAAAGGGUCUGAACACUUAUGUAAAUGUAUAUUUCAGUUUUUUUAUUUUCAAUCAAUUUGCAAAAAUUUAUAAAAAACAGUUUUUUAUUUGUCAUUAUGGGGUAUUGUGAAUUGAUGAGGGGGAAAACACAAUUUAAUCCAUUUUAACAUAACGUGGAAAAAGUCAAGGGGUCUGAAUACUUUCCGAAUGCACUGUAUAUUAAGAUACAUUGGCCAUAGACUGACUUCUGCUUUUAUCGUCUUGUAGGUUUGCAAGCAUUUCCUUGAUGCCAUUGAAAACAACAAAUAUGGUUGGUUUUGGGUAUGUCCUAGUGGAGCUGACACUUGUAUGUACCGCCAUGCAUUGCCUGCUGGGUUUGUGCUCAAGAAAGACAAGAAAAAGGACGAAAAGGAAGAUGAAAUCUCAAUGGAAGAGUUGAUAGAGAAUGAGGUAGAUUUGACCACUUUUUCACUAAAAUUCAUGUUUCUACUUGAGAUAUCUGUCUAGUGUGUUAUUUGGCCCAUAUUAUGCUUAAAGCCACAAUGGCCACAAUGUUUGUUUCAGUCGGCAGCCCACCACUUUAUCCACUCUGAAAUUCAUAAAGAGCUAUGGAUGCCAGGACUGGCUGUUAAUGUUUGAGAUCACUCGUUGACCAACAUAAAACAAAUCCAAAAUGUGACUUAUUCAUAACAUAGUGCUGAGAUUGAGAUCCUGUGAAGUUUCUGUGGGCUGUUGUUAUUUAAGAAAUGUUACCAAACAAUUACUUUGUCUAUCAGCGAUCUGCCCUCGGACCAAAUGUCACCCGAAUAACUCUGGAGACCUUCUUGGCCUGGAAAAAGAGGAAAAGGCAAGAGAAAGUGGCGAAGGCAGAGCAAGACAUGGAGAAAAAGAAGGCUGAUUUCAAUGCUGGCAGGUCCUUUGGGGUGAGCUUUGAUUUUGUUUUGUCGCCAAACCUCGAAAUAGUCAUUUAUUUUGAUUGCAGUAUCACAUCUUACAGAUAAGUGGAAAACAUUUUAAUACUAACACAAGUUUUUGUUCUGUAGGUUAGCGGCCGUCAAGUAUUUGAGUUCUGCCCUGAUCUGGCUGAUGAUGACGAUGAGGAGGCUGAUGACAUAAAAUAUGUUGAGGACGAUGAUGAUGUUGAAGAGGUAAGCCUGAUAAACACAUUUUUAAAUAGGCAUGUAUCUCUGGGGAUACUCAGGAAAUCUUUACUGAAGUAGCUUGAGGAAGUGUGUUGGUGAUUUAAUUAUCAUGAAGUGAUACUUCUGUAUGACAUUGUUACUGGUUAUCCCUCCCCACAGGUUGAAGAUGUUCAGGAGUUCCAGGACAUCGAUCUAGCCAGGUUUGUUCCAAAGGAAGUUGACAACACCGGAAUAACUGUUGCUGCAGUUGACAGAUUCACAGCCAAAUCGAAGCCAACAAAGGAAAUUAAUGGUGAGUGUUUGAAAUUAUUCUCUGUCAAUAAAAUGAAUGGAAGCUACAUUAUCCUUGAUCACCAUUUUUUUCCUAAGCAUUUAUCUUUCUAUCCCAAUAUGUUUUCCAUAUCAUGUCUGUCUUUUAAACCUCUUUCUAUCACACAAUUGUCCCCCAGCCUUUAAAGGGGCAAUCCGGGAUUCACUUGUUUCGGUAAACAGCUGGUAAACUCUCAAAUUCGUAGACAGACCUAAUGAUACAACAAGGACUGACCAUCCAUGAGAUCAAAAUUAUAGAUUUAACCAUAUUUUAACGGGGCAAUCUGCAGUUGGUACGUUCACUUUUUGGAUUUAUAAAUGAAUGAUAUGUCCCCAUUGACUCUUGAAGAAUAAUUCUUAUAAAUGCCUCAUAAGCUUAGUUCAACUGUCGUACCCCAUCAGAACACAAAAUAUAAGCUUAUCUUACUCCAAUGUUUGUAAACAAAGGAAAAUGUGGUUAAAACCAGGGUUUAUAACUGACAUUUUCCAAUCGUUUCAUUCUGAACAGAAGCACUAUUUUUCUCUCGCUUCGUUCCACUGUUCCGACCAGCAAAAUAAAGUUCUGAACCAGCUCAAAAAAAAGUUACUGUUUAUCGUUCCUUUCUGUUCCUAUUUUAACCUGUGAAAUCAAGUUGUUUACAUUUUAGCUCAUUUAAAGUACUUCACCAACCAGUGCGGAUUGAACAGGCAAGAUAGUUUACAUGGGUGAUGAACACAAGUGUACCCUAUGGCGCAAGAUGUGACUGACAUUUUACGGGUGGGGAGCGAGUGAAGAGAGGGUUGACGAGCAGGCUUGAAGCACUAGGCAUCUUAUGACAUGCAUUAUCUGAAUUAGGUCCACAGAAUUAUACCUAGGAGGAGCAGCUUCUAUGAAGGAACUUUGAAUGUCCUUUUGAGAUAGCUAACAAGCUUGUGUGUGCAGAGCGGCACCAGAAUUACAAGCAUUUCGCUACACCCGCAAUAACAUCACAUUUUAUUUGAUUAGAAACACGUUCUACCUUUUUGUAGGUAAUAAAUCCAAUGUGAAAUGUGAUAACAAGGCCUAUAGUAAUCCUUAAGUAGCAUUGAAAAAUGUAAUCCAUUCUCUAGCUAAAACAAAAUCUCUCACGAUUCUAAUGUCAAUACAGUAGGCUAUACUUUGGAGGGGCAGGGAGCCUGCACACACACUGGCAAAUAUGUUCAGCUUGUGGGACUAGAAAAAAUGGCUGCAACGUAAAAUAACGUUAUUAACCAAUUUCCAUGUUUUUAAAAUAAAGGUUCUGUUCCGGAACAGUAUGGAUCACUUUCGUUCCAUUUCUGUUCUUUGAAACAUUUCUUUAUUUCCCGGUUUUCGGUUCUGUUCCCUGAACCGGUUCCAACUCCUGGUUAAAACUAUCAUUUUGAUAUCAUGGAUGGUCAGUCCUUGCAUCCAUAGCUCUAUGAAUUUGAGUGGUUACAUUUCUCCAGCCGCAUCCCAUAGCUUUUUACCGAAACAGGGGCAUGGAGGACACUUUGUAUCACGUGAGGAUUUCCCCUUUAAGCUAUACAGUGUUUGUUUACAAUUACAUUGCUUACAAAAAAUUGCAUAAAAUAAGCAUAUAUUUUGGGUUCUGAUGGGGUAUGACAGUUUAACUAAACUCAUGAGGAAUUCAUAAGUUAUAUUCUACAGGAAUCAAUGGCUACAUGAAAUUAUUUUCAAAAGUCCAAAAAUUUAAAUUCUUAUCCCGGAUGCUCCUUGCAUAAAGAUGACUCCCUUACCACGUCACCUACCAUUGCAAUUUUGUUCAUGGGUCACAGCACAGAUGCUGCGUGUGUGUGUGUGUGUGUGUGUGUGUAUAUAUAGUGCCUUCGGAAAGUGUUCACAACCCUUGACGUUUUCCACAUUUUGUUAGGUUACAGCCUUAUUCUAAAAUUGAUUAAAUUGUUUUUUCCCCUCAUCUACACACUACCCCAUAAUGACAAAGCAAAAACUGUUUUUAGAAAGUAUUCAGACCCUUUACUCAGUACUUUGUUGAAGCACCUUUGGCAGCUAUUGCAGCCUUGAGUCUUCUUGGGUAUGAUGCUACAAGCUUGGCACACCUGUAUUUUGGGAGUUUCUCCCAUUCUUCUCUGCAGAUCCUCUCAAGCUCUGUCAGGUUGGAUGGGGAGCUGCACAGCUAUUUUCAGGUCUCUCCUGAGAUGUUUGAUCGGGUUCAUGUCCGGGCUCUGGCUGGGCCACUCAAGGAUAUUCAGAGACUUGUCCCGAAGCCACUCCAGCGUUGUCUUGGCUGUGUGCUUAGGGUUGUUGUCCUGUUGGAAGGUGAACCUUUGCCCCAGUUGGAGGUCCUGAGUGCUCUGGAGCAGGUUUUCCAUCAAGGAUCUCUCUGUACUUUGCUCCAUUCAUCUUUGCCUCGAUCCGGACUAGUCUCCCAGUCCCUCCGACUGAAAAACAUCCCCACAGCAUGAUGCUGCCACCACGCUUCACCGUAGGGAUGGUGCCAGGUUUCCUCCAGAUGUGACACUUGGCAUUCAGGCCAAAGAGUUCAAUCUUGGUUUCAUCAGACCAGAGAAUCUUGUUUCUCAUGGUCUGAGAGUCUUAAGGUGCCUCUUGGCAAACUCCAAGCGGGCUGUCAUGUGCCUUUUACUGAGGAGUGGCUUCCGUCUGGCCACUCUACCAUAAAGGCCUGAUUGGUGGAGUGAUGGAGAGAUGGUUGUCCUUCUGGAAGGUUCUCCCAUCUCCACAGAGGAACUCUAGAGCUCUUGUCAGAGUGACCAUUGGGUUCUUGGUCACCUCCCUGACCAAGGCCCUUCUCCCACGAUUGCUCAGUUUGGCCGGGCGGCCAGCUCUAGGAAGAGUUUUGGUGGUUCCAUACUAAUUCCAUUUAAGAAUGAUGGAGACCACUGUGUUCUUUGGGACCUUCAAUGCUGCAGUCAUUUUUUGGUACCCUUCCCCAGAUCUGUGCCUCGACACAAUCCUGUCUCGGCACUCUACGGACAAUUCCUUCGACCUCAUGGCUUUGUUUUUGCUCUGACAUGCACUGUCAACUGUGGGACCUUAUAUAGACCGGUGUGUGCCUUUCCAAAUCAUGUCCAAUCAAUUGAAUUUACCACAGGUGGACUCCAAUCAAGUUGUGAAACAUUUUAAGGAUGAUCAAUGGAAACAGGAUGCACCUGAGCUCAUUUGAGUCUCGUAGCAAAGGGUCUGAAUACUUAUGUAAAUAAAGUAUUUCUGUUUUAUUUGUAAUACAUUUGCAGACAUUUCUAAACUUGUUUUCACUUUGUCAUUAUGGGGUAUUGUGUGUAGAUUGCUGAGGAGUUUUAUUUAUUUAAUCCAUUUUAGAAUAAGGCUGUAACGUAACAAAAUGUGGAAAAAGUCAAGGGGUCUGAAUACUUUCAGCGGCACUAUCUGAUGCCUUUGACUGAGCAUAUGUGUUGUUCUGAACCUGUACCUUGCACUCUCUCCCAGAUGACCAGCUGAACGGGGCUUGCGGAGGUGUGGAGGAGAACGGACACGACAGGGAAGACGAGACUCUCGAUGACAAAGAAGCAGAGCCCGUGCCUGUGGACGAGAACCUUUUCACCGGCGAGGACCUGGACGAACUGGAUGAAGAACUCAACACACUGGACCUGGAUGACUGACAAUGAUGACUUCUAAUAGAACAGUGCCUCAUGGACUAUGAAGAAGAGAUGACUAAAACAGAUUCACAAUAAAACAUCCUGAUGCUCACAUCUUGUUGCUGCUGCUGUUUUCUUUCCCUCUCAGUGGUCCUGAUUGCUAAGAGAGUGAAAAGGAUUUUAGAGGGGUUACAUCUUGAACGUGGUUCAUGUGAAAUCACCCGUUCUUUCUGGCUGUCCUGAAUCCUGUCUAUUGAUGUUUGGUUCUAUUGUAUAAACAUCCUCCUGACUUGUAUUAUUAGACCAUACCAUGACAGAUUGUGCAACUCCUUUCGAGAAUGUACAAGGGGGAGGUAGGGUUCUAGUGUAAAAAAAACGGAUUAAAUAGCAGAUUAAGAGCAAUUCCAUAGUCAUACAAUUAUUUGACACUUUUGGACUCUGCAUAUAUUGAGUUUUACAGAAUAAAGAGCCAUGACGUAGAGACCUGGAGGAAUACAUCCAAAACACCACGCAAAGAGAAUGUUCGCUAUGUGUCGAUAUUGAUAGGAAUGAAAGAAAGGCAAAUGUUGCUCUCAGAUCAGCAUUUCCCAUUCAAAUCUAACCUUAACAUUAGAAUUAUUCCAC